GAUCCCUUGGGCAAAGAGGCGCAGUCAUCAGAUCACAGCAGCUCGUUGACAAUGAAAGCCAGACAGCAUACUCCUGUCAGUUGACGACAUCAUUCAAUAGGACCAGUCAACCGAUAGCCACCACCGCCGUCGUCUCUGCCGCAGCCAUGCCCAUUGCGGAGCUUCUGGGAGUCCAGUUCGACAUGCAUCUGCUGUUGAAGCUGAGUCUCUCCGUGGCUGCCGUGCUCCUGGGCUCGUGGGCCUACAGGUUUUACGGGUCCAGGGACAAAAAGGAAACUCAGCUCAGCGUAGAAGACGACAAAGAGACGGGAGAGGUGAAAUGCCAAAACUGCAAGACGACGCUGAGAGGUCGAAGCUCACGAAACCACGACACGGGUGAUGGAGGUGAGGGAUCCACACCUUUGCACAAACACUCGGACAAUGAUGACUUCAUAUCUGACACGGAAAUAUCAAGUGAUGCUCCUCUGUGCGACCAUGAACAGACCGAGGGUGGAGGUGAGGAAUCUAAAUCUUUGCACAAAGACUCGGACAACGAUGACCCGGUAUCUGACGCAGAAAUUUCGAGUGAUGCUCCUCUGUGCGACCAUGAACAGACUGAGGAUGGCAGUGAGGGAUCCACUCCUUUGCACAAAGACUCGGACAAUGAUGACCCAAUAUCUGACACAGAAAUGUCCAGUGAUGCUCCUCUCUGUGACCAUGAACAGACUGAGGAUGGAGGUGAGGGAUCCACACCUUUGCACAAAGACUCUGACCAUGAUGACCCGAUAUCUGACACGGAAAUGUCCAGUGAUGUUCCCCUGUGUGACCAUGAACAGACCGAGGAUGGCGGUGAGGGAUCCACACCUUUGCACAAAGACUCUGACAAUGACGACCAGAUAUCUGAUGCAGAAAUUUCGAGUGAUGCUCCUCUGUGCGACCAUGAACAGACUGAGGAUGGCGGUGAGGGAUCCACACCUUUGCACAAAGAAUCGGACAAUGAUGACCCGAUAUCUGACACAGAAAUGUCCAGUGAUGCUCCUCUGUGUGACCAUGAACAGACCGAGGAUGACGGUGAGGAAUCCACUCCUUUGCACAAAGACCCUGACGAUGAUGAGCUGAUAUCUGACACGGAAAUGUCAAGUGAAACUCCUCUGUGUGAGUCUGAACAGACUGAGGAUGCAUUAAGUGUGUCAUGUAGUGACCAAAAUAUCAACAUGAAAGAAGAGAUGCUCCCUCUUCAAAAGGAGGCAGAGGAUGCCACCAGAAAUAUUUCAUUCGGUUCUGCUUUGAACCUUCCUCAUCCAACAGAGAGUGGGAUGGCCAGUACAACGGGGCGCCGCUCCCCUUGCUUUCUGCAGAAGCUCGAGGGCAGUGUGGGUGUGGGCAGGGAGUUGAGGCAGGACUUGGAGCGCCAGGGGGCCUACUCCAGCUUCCUCUCCAAGGCAGAGAUCAAAGUGGAGGAUGCAAACGUUGUGCUGGAAGGAAAAGAAGACCCGGUUGUGCGCGGAAAGAUAUAUGAUUACUAUGUGGAGUCUUCCUCUCACUCUGUUAUAGACUCCAACACAGUGCUGGGUCAGUUUGAGAGGAAGUCUGAGUCACAGCCAGGGGAGUUUAGGAGUUGUAACGCAGAAUCCCCCACCUCUCUGAGCCCCAUCAUUAUGCGUGAUCUUGUUCUACCACUUAACGCUGCUGAGGAUCCUUCCACGCUGCAAAGUCCUGACUUAAAGCAUCCCGCAAGGCCUGCACUCCUACGCAAGGAGAGCUAUCUGUCUGCGGCUGAGCAGUCUGAACUUCCAGUCGCCUCUCUGACAUCAGGCUCCACUUCUCGUAUGACUCACUCCCUGACCUCAGCCGGCGACGAGGCUAUCACUGUUUACCAUAUGAUCCUUUCCUCUACAGAGAACGAUGGAAGAGAGGAAGGAGAUCUAGAGACUGUCGCAGGGGCUCCGUUUUUACACCUUCCAGCACUUGAGGGCACAGAUUUGGAGAGCUUAAAAAGUAAACUUGAUCUGGGUAACUGUUUGGAGACUCUGUGCCUGGCUAAGAAACAUGGCCCGGACUCUGUGCUGCAAGCCGCCCUUGGAGUCAUGUCAGACAACUACCUCCAGGUCCUCAUGGACCCCAACCUCUAUGGGCGGCUGAUGGCUGGUGAGCGGGAGCAAAUCAGGAAGCAGAGAAUGAGAGGAAGGAGGUUUCUGAUGGUGGCUGAUAUGAAUCCUCAAGAUUGGGCACAAAACACAGGAGGACAGACAGCAGAGACAGAGCAGAGGAGGACAUCCAGUGCAGUGUACUAUUAUGACGACUACAAAGGCACCUGGCACACACUCUGCCCGAUCCCUCAGGAGGUCAUCUCUAAAGCUUGUGCCAUGUGCACAAUGGAUAACUACUUAUUUGUGGCUGUGGGCUGCCAAGGCACAGACAGAGACAUGACACCCUCAAAGCAAGUGUUUUGCUACAAUCCUUUGACAUCCAUUUGGAAGGAGAUCAGCCCCAUGAAUGAAGCCAGGCCCCGCUGCAAGCUGGCAGCUCUGGAGGGCUACAUUUACGCCAUCGGAGGGGAGUGCCUCUCCUCGGUGGAACGCUACGAUCCCCGAUUGGACAGAUGGACAUUCGUGGCUCCACUGCCGAAUGACACAUUCGCCGUCGCACAUCACGUCACAGUGUGCAACGGAGAGCUCUUUGUGUCUGGGGGAACUCUGAAGUAUAUGCUCCUGCGCUACAACCCCAAAACCGACACCUGGAGGCCGAGUGUGAUGGUGGCGAGCAAAGACAGGACAGCAGAUUUGAUAGCAGUGGGGAGGUUUUUGUAUCGGUUUGAUGUGAACCCUCGCCUGGGUAUCAGCGUGUACCGCUACCACACGGUGGCUCGGCUGUGGUACGAGUGCAGCUCCAGACGCAUCCAACACUGCCCAGCCUUCCAGUGUGUCAAAAUGGACAACACUGUCUACUGUGUCAGCCGCCAGUUCACCAUGCAGUUUAGAGCUGAUGAGAUCUCUCCUGCCUUUAUAGAUGAGGAUUUGAGUGUCCUCUCUGCGGCAAAGGGCAUACUUUUCCCUUUUGUCCUCUCGCUCCCUGAUAAGAAACCUCGGCAAACCAGCGUGUAAUGAGGACUCAGUUUUCCAUUGAUGAUAAGAUUAGCUGGUGAUGGAGUAUUCCUGCUAGAGGCAGGCUUUUAACAUCAAGUUUCUGGGAGUGGAUUUGCUUUGCUCAGGUUUAUGUUCAACCUACAGAAUGUUCAAGCUUAAUGUGUUGUCAUUUCUUUGAGGUGUUAAUAGGAUUACAUUUGAGCAAAAGAGUCAAAUCCUCUGUUUCUGUAACUGCUGUGUUUUCUUGGAUCAGGUAUUGCACAAUGAAAUGUGUGUUUUUAAUGCCUCAGUCACUGGCAGUAGAAGUAAAAUAUUAGCCUCUUAAACCAGUGUUUGCUUAGAUUUACGCGGGAUGUGCUGACAUGUAAAUUGUUGCCUCUUUGAUUUGCCACUCCUUCCUGCCAUUAAGUUACUUUUAUUUCAUUCCAGAUGCUUCACCUCUUUAGCUAUAGAGAUAAUUCAUAAGAAAGUCUCAGAGUAAAUGAGUUCAUUCAACUCAAACAUAUUACAGAGAAUGGGCAAUGUAGUCAUAAUCUGUCACUGAGCUCCUCUGCAGAGGCUGCCGAUAUAUCUUACUCUGUGGUCUGGAUACAAUGCAAUUAUCUACACUUGCUCUUUAAAUGUGACGGGGUGCAAAUGGGUUUGUCAUGCAGUAUAAAUAGGUGAGCUUCUGAAAGCAUUUGUCAUGACUUUUAAAACUCUUCCAAAAGGCGUGCUGUUAUUUUUUUUAUUAUUGAGUCGCUCUGAUAGAAAUGCAUUUUUGUAAAUUCACUGAUUCACUUCUUUGUUGACUGUAAAAAUGACAUCUUUAUUGAGUUAUAUAUUGUGAUAUAAACAUUGA